AUGGUCCCGCUGGAGAGACGGUCAAGACGACUUCGGGCCCCAAGGAGGCACGAGGACGAGUGCCAUGCUCUAUACGAGUACAGUUCCGAGCCGACCGGCUGUUGUAUUGCAGGGAAGGACCUAAAGAGCGAUCCCGUCAGGAUACACUACGCCGAUGCGCGAUACGAGCAGGGAAGCUCAACCGUUGUGCACGGCCCGUACUCCGUGCACGGUACUCAUACUGCAGCCGUGCCAAGACAACGGCGAACAGCUUCAUCCGCCAUGGCCGACAAUUUUGGAGAACAUGUCGACGUAGGCACCUUCUCGCAGAUCCUCGAAUUGGAUGACAGCCCACAAAACCGCGACUUCAGCAACCCGCUCGUCUACGACUACUUCACCCAGGCCAAGGAGACCUUUGAAAAGAUGGACGAGGCGCUGCGCGCAAAAGACCUCAACCAGCUCUCCGACCUGGGCCACUUCCUCAAGGGCUCAUCCGCCACCCUGGGGUUUUCAACAGUCCGCGACCACUGCCAGGUCAUCCAGCAAUACGGCAGAGGCACCACUCUGGACGGCUCUGCCGAGCCUGACCAGGACGUCUGCCUGCAGCGCAUAACCGACGCCCUGGCUGCCGCCAAGCUGAACAUGACCGUCAUCGAAGAAAAGAUGAACGCUUUCUUCAACCAGAGCUAG